AUUAAUGUUAUCAUGUUUUACGCACCUGUCUUGUUCAAGACUUUGGGAUUCGACAAUGAAGCUUCCCUUAUGUCGGCAGUCAUCACUGGAGGCGUCAAUGCAAUUGCCACAUUUGUUUCCAUACUCACUGUAGACAAGUUUGGAAGAAAGAUCUUGUUCAUUGAAGGUGGCAUCCAAAUGUUUAUUUGCCAGAUUGGUGUUGGAGGAAUGAAUUCUGCAAAGUUUGGACUAAGUGGUGAAGGCUCAUUAACUAAAGGUGAAGCCAACCUUCUCUUAUUUUUGAUAUGUGCAUAUGUUGCAGCUUUUGCCUGGUCUUGGGGUCCAUUGGGUUGGUUGGUUCCUAGUGAAAUAUGUUCGCUUGAAGCUCGGUCUGCAGGUCAAGCUAUUAAUGUUGGCGUGAACAUGUUAUUUACAUUUUUCAUUGCACAAAUCUUUCUCACAUUGCUUUGCCAUUUGAAGUUUGGUCUUUUCUUCUUUUUUGCCGGCUUUGUCGUUAUUAUGACAAUCUUCAUAGCCUUGUUCUUGCCUGAGACAAAGAACGUUCCUAUUGAAGAAAUGAAUAGAGUGUGGAAGUCACAUUGGUUUUGGGCUAAAUUUAUUUCUGAUGAGGGUGUUGUCGGCGAAGUUGAACACAACAUUCCUCAUUAAAUUUUAUUAAGAUGUAAUUUUCAAAUUAUCAAAGGAUGAAUGAUGAAUGGA